AUGCAGGCGUCACUCCUGCAAGAUCCCCUCAACAUGAACGCAUCACUCCUGCAAGAUCCCCUCAACAUGCACGCGUCACUCCUGCAAGAUCCCCUCAACAUGCACGCAUCACUCCUGCAAGAUCCCCUCAACAUGCAGGCGUCACUCCUGCAAGAUCCCCUCAACAUGCACGCAUCACUCCUGCAAGAUCCCCUCAACAUGCACGCGUCACUCCUGCAAGAUCCCCUCAACAUGCACGCGUCACUCCUGCAAGAUCCCCUCAACAUGCACGCAUCACUCCUGCAAGAUCCCCUCAACAUGCACGCGUCACUCCUGCAAGAUCCCCUCAACAUGCACGCAUCACUCCUGCAAGAUCCCCUCAACAUGCACGCGUCACUCCUGCAAGAUCCCCUCAACAUGCACGCGUCACUCCUGCAAGAUCCCCUCAACAUGCACGCAUCACUCCUGCAAGAGCCCCUCAACAUGCACGCGUCACUCCUGCAAGAGCCCCUCAACAUGCACGCGUCACUCCUGCAAGAUCCCCUCAACAUGCACGCGUCACUCCUGCAAGAUCCCUUCAACACACUGCUUUUUAUCCCCAACCACACAACAACGAUCCUCAGUGACCACUAA